UCUGACCCCGCUUCCGGUUGAAAAGCAGGACAAGGAGAACGGUCUUCGCCAGAACUGCUGCUUUCUCGAACUUCGUUGAUUAAGUCUUUAUUCUAUCUUGCGUUGGUGAGUUAUAUAUUAAGCAAUACCAAAGUAUUAACGCUAGUUAUUACGUUAUAUCUGUGUUUUGAUAAUGCGUCAUAUCAAGUUGAUGAAUGAUCGGGAAAAUGGCUGCUAGCGCCAAGGCCAACCACAAUAGAUUCCCCAUUUCUGCACAACAUCCUCAUUACAUCCACUUUUUAAACAAAUUUCACCCAUACUGAAAUACGUUAUUACUGUUAUUAAUGUUAUUACAGUUUAACGUUACAUAAAAUAUCAAGUUUUAUCAAUUCGUUAUAUUUUGUAUGCAAGUUAAACGAAAGUAAAAGUGAAGUACGGAAGGUAAAGAUUUCAUUAAAGUUCAUUUUGUGUAAAUUGUGGCUUUAAAAAUGAAACUUAUCGGAAAUGACUUAACCAGUUUAUCACCGUACUAAAUAUAUUGCUUUUGCUGGCUUUGAUGUUAAGGACUUGAUUCAGCUAACGUAGUUUUAUAUGACAAAUCGAGAGACAUCCACAAAGUGAAUUAUAUGAUUUUUCAUCUCAAGGUAAGGCUGAUACAGGUGACGCACCUCACCGGAUACAUCGGCAGAUCUUCUACCUUAAGCUGAUCACGUCAACAUUUUACAAUAAAUUUUCGAAGAUCAAAUUCUCUUCAACAUCUUUUUAACAGGUUAACAACAAGGACUGCUUUUUUGGCAGUGCCUAAAAGGUCCAACACGACUGUGCACAAUGUCCUAUAAUCAACCAUACCGAAACCCACAAGGGGACAAAGAUGCACGAAUCUAUACCCGGGACUCGAGCGCUUACAGGUCAGGAGUUAGGAGCGCAUCUCCGCACCGGGCAUCUUCAUCCUCAUCAGAACUGCCUGUAUUCCCGCCUAAUAAGGCACUGUCCUUUCUGCAUAGCUGCGGACUGGAUGCUGAAGAUCUUCAAACUCUGGCCAAGCUUCCAGAGCAUCUCAUCACAACCGAUACCCUUCCUGACCUUCUUACAGAAAUCAAAAAGAAGAAAUUGUCCCACACUUCUUCACCCAGGUCCAGUGCACUCCCAGUCGCUUCGUCAGCUCGCUCCUGGGACGAUAGGAGCCACGCUCAGUCGGUUGAGUAUCCGUUAGAUUUGCCUGUCCAUCAGUCGUAUUCCCUUAAUCGAGAGCAAUCCCAAACCUGGGAUGACCACUGGGGAGAUGUCCAGCAAACAAGCUCUCCAGCAGCAUCAAGCUACGUGGUUGAGUAUAACCAUCUGAAAGAGAAAAAGUCGUACUAUGAUGAACUGUCUUAUGCCACAGAACCAUCAAGAGAAAUGUCUUACUCUAACUAUGGCAAAGACGUUGGUCACUCGUCACAUUUUUCCAGCAGAGAUGCCAGUCAUUCCUCACAUCUGUCCAGUAGAGACAGUCAAUCCUCACAUCUGUCCAGUAGAGACAGUCAAUCCUCCCACCGGUCAAGCAGAGACCUCGGUCAGCCCUCGCAGCUCUCCAGCAGAUACAUCAGUCAGUCCUCGGUACGGUCGAGUAGAGACGUCGCUCAGUCCUCACACCUGUCCAGCAGAGAUGUCGGUGUACAUUCACACAUCGCCCAACCUUCGCCCGUGUCCAACAGAAACGUUGGUAUACCCUCACUCCUGUCCAUGAGAGACCUCGCUCCAGCCUCACGUCUGUCCAGCAGAGCUGUCAGGCAGCCCUCUUGGAAGAAAGGCUCAGCUCCUAGAGUACCUACCAGGAAGGAGGCAUCCGAUUUCCAUGGGAGGAUUCCACCAGUGUUUCCCUACGCAUGCGUACUCUGUGAAAUCACGGUCCUCUCUAACAAGGACUGGUCCGUGCAUAUAAAUGGACCCCAACACGCUAAUAGUCAACUCAGUCUUGUGGAAAAAUAUCCAGCAUGGGAUCAGACAAUCCAUUCUGCACGGAGGAAUGAGCCUGAACUUGAGAGACCAAAGCAUGGAACAAUCCAGGAAAGAGAUAGAAUCUCAAGCCAUAAAAUAGGACCAUCAGGCAGCAGAAGUGGAGCUUUGACCAGUAGAAGUGCACCAGCAAGCCGUAAAAAACUAAAUAAAAAUGAAGCUCCAUCGAAGUGCAAAGUGGUGUGUAUAAAGUUUGAAAAUGAUGGAGUGGAUGAAGCUUACCUGAAACAUUUGCUUGGCCAGUUUGGGGCGAUUGUCAAAAUAAUUAUGUUUCCUAAUCUGGCUUUGGCAGAGAUGGGAACGACGGGCCAAGCAGAGGAUAUUGUAAAAUAUUUCUCACAAAACCCCUUGAGGUUCAAAGGGAAAAAGCUAGAAUUUUCUCUGUCUGCAGCCUUCAGUUUCUUACAGGGCUCUCGUGUAGUGAGCUUUUCACCAUUACCCUCUGGAGAAGGCGUAAGCUCUGAGUUGACUGCCAUUGCCAAGCUCUUCGGAUCAGUAAUACAUUCACAGUUUCUGCCACACCGGGGUUAUGUGGAGAUGGCUCUUGUGGAAGAGGCCAGCAAAUUGGUGGACCACUAUUCAACUAAUUCACUGAAGUUAAAAGGAAAAACCAUUACGGUUGCGUUCUCAACUGAAUACCAGACACUUAGUGAUAUGGAAUCUGACAAAGAUAAAUUACCGGCACAUCAUAGCAGCAACAGGAGGAGAGCGAGGAGGAGUUACAGCCCAAGAAGUAGGUCCUCCCGAAAAGACUCUCCCAGCCCCAAACGAAGAGCCUCUGAAGAGGGCUCCAAUCCUAGCCAGGGUCACGACUCCAGGAAACGAGAAGAAAGUCGACUCUCUAGACAGGAUAGCUCAUCCAAAUCGCAUUUCAAAAAUGGCUCUCCUUCAAAAGAACAGGAAGUAAAAACCGAAGAAGAGGAGGGUGAGGGGGAGAUGGUUGGAGAAGACAACCAGUCUGACAACAUGGAUGAAGGUAGUGAUCUUGAAGGGCUGGCAGUUAUAGCAGAUGAUGGGGAAGAACUGAAUACAGAGGAUGAAUACACGGUAGAUGAAGACCUUGAUGACGAGGCAUUUGAUACCUCAGAUGCUCUGAUCGAUGCACCUGAAGAUAUGCAAAUCAUGAGCGAGUCAAACCAGACUAUACCUUUAGACAUAAACACAUCAGACAUACAGCCAGAGACUGCAGAGGGUGAUGAACCUACUGCUACAACUUCAGAAAGAUCAAACGAAGAAGGGAAUGAGGAAGCCCAGGAGCCUCAACAAGGAGAGGAAAAAGAGCUUCAAGAGGAAAAGGAGGGCUCACUAGAAGAACAAAAAGGAGAGCAGAAAGAAGAGCUUAAACAAGGAGAGCAAAUAGAGGAACUUAAACAAGACGAACAGAAAGAAGAAUUUCAACAAGGAGAUAAAAAACAAGAGCUUCAAGAAGAAGAGCACAAGGAGAUUCAAGAUAAAGAAAAAGAGCAAAACGAUGAAACCAUGACAGUGGAAGAGGAGGCCGCAGAUUCCUCAGAGAAUCUAGAAAACACACUGACAGAGCAAGGUGAUGAAAUUAAGAUCUCUGCUUCAGGAAUUGAGGAACAGUAUGGCAGAGUUCUUGAGGUCGCAGGUUUUCCAGUUGCUAAAAAGUAUAGUGAAGCAGAUUUGCUGAAAAUUGGGGAAAAAUAUGGAGAUGUGGCAGGCUGUUGUUUGGUUCGUAGCAAUCGAAAGGUGGAAAAGGCAUUAAUUGAAAUGGUGAAUGCUGCUGAUGCUGCAAAACUUGAAGCUGAUUGUAAAAAGCAGCAUAUUAAACUAGGUGGCAAAAUCCUCAGGAUUAAGGUGUCUGAGAAAUACAACCAAGUGAAUGAAGGGAAAGAGGUUGACCACGCGCCUGGGAAAGUGGAAUGCGAUGACUUGAUGAAUAUUGAAGAUAUAACUCUGAAUUUUGAAGAUAAAAAUACUGAGCCCACAUGUUCAGUGGCACCUAUUGAAGAGACUACAGUCCUGAUGUCAGAGACCGAAACCACAGAAGAAGCUGAGACUCCGCUGGAAACCAACAUGGACUCAUUCAUGCAAACAUCUAGUGAUGAGGAGGAAGUGUAUGGCAGAGUGAUCCGAGUUCGAAAUCUUCCAAUGUCUGAUGAAUACACUGAUGCAGAUUUUCUGAAAAUCGCAGAACCAUAUGGGACAGUAAAACGUCACUGGAUGUUUCGCCUCCAUCGAACAGGACUAAUUGAGAUGGAGAAUGCCUCUGAAGCUGAGAAGGUCGUGUCUGCAGCCAAUAUGAAUAAAAUUACAGUUGCUGGAAAACAUCCCAAGAUUGCAGUGUCCACCAAACAUGCCCAUUUAAAUAAAAGGUACUUUCUAUACCAAUCUGAGUUGGAGAAGACUAAAGAUGAAUCCAGCACACAGAAUGAUGAGAAGCAGGUUCCUGAAGCAGACAAUGGAACUGGAACACAAGCGGAAACACAAACACUCCUGAUGGAUCCAGUGGGAAUGGAGUUUGUUCGACCUGUGGUGGGUUAUUUCUGCAACUUGUGCAACGUCAUCUAUGCCAGUGAGGAAGAGGCCAAGGGUGAACACUGCAGGACCCCCUUGCAUCACCAAAAACUAAAGGAACACAAUGAACAAAACGGUUCAAAAUAAACCAUGACCUGAGCCUAAAA